AUGGCAAGCAAACGAAUCAUGAAGGAAUAUAACGAGAUCCAAAAAGCCAAUCAGGCUGAUCUUGUUCUUCAACCCGAUGAAAAUAAUAUUUAUUUGUGGUAUGCAAAAUGCAUUGGACCAAAGGGAACUUGUUAUGAGGAUGGUGUUUUCGAAUUAAAAAUUCAAGUUCCGAAAGAAUAUCCAAUUUCUGCACCAAAAGUUGAAUUUAUUACUAAAAUCUUUCACCCAAAUGUACAUUUUGAAAGUGGAGAAAUAUGUAUGGAUAUUUUGAAGGAUAAGUGGAGCCCUGUUUGGACUUUAUUAAAUGUUUGUAGGGCUAUUGUAUCAAUGAUGUCUAAUCCAAAGGAAGGUUCCGAUUCACCAUUAAAUUGUGAUGCUGGAAAUUUAAUUAGAAAUAAUGAUGAUAGAGGAUUCAAUUCAAUGGCUAAAAUGUACACAAAACUUUAUGCCACCGAGAAGAAUUUGUUUUGUCGCUACAAUCAAUAA